AUGGAAAGUUCACAAAGAAGAAUAUCUUAUCGUCGAAGAAUUCAAGUAUAUCAAAGAAUUAGAAAGAAAAGGCAUAUGCCUUUCCGUAGUCCAGGAGUAAAUCAACGCGAGAUAACAGACAUUAUUUCUCAUAGAGACAUUUUACGUAUAACUGAUAGAUUAUUAGAGCGUGCACCAAAAUUUAUUCAAGUGGUUUUUCUUGGAAAAAUGAAACAAUUAAUAUCUGAAUGUGCAAGAAAUUAUAAAAAAGGUUUAUGUGAACCAGAAAUAAGAGCUAUACCAUCAGAAGUAACAUGCAAACAAUGGGAAUUAUGUAUGAACCAAAAUCCCAGUACUAUUGAUUUACAAAUUAGACUCAAUAUUUAUUCAGAAGUUAUAAAUGAAACCAUAAAUACUUUAAUGAAUGGUUUUCCUUUUUGGAAAGUUGCAGGAUUCUUUGGUGUCAUCACAAGUUCUUUUAUAUUGAUUUUUAUUAUUUCAAUCAUAAUUCUCAGAGUAAUGUCUUUUAUUCUUCCGCACAUACUUCCACAAUCAAAUAAUUCCAUGUCAGCAAUAACUACUUCAAUUUCAUCCACCCCAACUAUAUCUUCUCCUUUAUCAACUCCCAUAUCAAUUCCUACUCCUUCAACUCCAACUUCAAUUACUCCAAUGCAUUUUCCAAUUUAUUAUCAUUCUACAUCUGUUCCAAAUACUUCUUCUACACAAACUGCCAUUACUCCUAAUACACAAGAUUCCACUAUUCCAAUGCAUAUUCAAGUUUAUUCUCCAACACCUGUUACCAACGCUCCAAUAUAUGUUCAUUCUUCUUCUACACCAGUUUACAAUACUCCAUUACGUAUUCAAACUCGUCCUUCCUCUCUUUAA